AAACCUGCAUUUUAAAACCAGAUUUAAUCCUGUUUUUUUCCCCCUUGUUAUAUUGUGAAUUGAUGUGUCCCAUGCAGGGGGAGUGUGGUGUCUCCCAUAACAAGUGCGCUCAACAUGUUAACCACACUUGCAUAUUCUUAAACUGCAUCAGACUAUACAACUACCAGUAUUUCUUAUUUUGAUAUGCUGAUUGGAUAGAGUUUGACAUUAUUACUAGCGGUUGCAUAUCAUCUUGCGCUCUGAAGCUGCACUGUCCUAUUCUUUUCUGUCCUUGUUUGAAGUCAGAAACAUCAACAAUUUUGUAUUCACUGAGAAAGACGGGGGAUCUCUGGACUUUGCACCUCUGAAGUUCCUGAGAUUCUACAGAAUCAUCUGCCUGAGACCAAACCCAACCCAGGUCUCUUUAGUGAUCGCAGCUACAUUGGUAUUAAAAAACGUAGAAAGAUGUUUUAUUGUUUGCUCAAAUACUUUAGCCUGAGGGAAAGAAUUACUGAAGACAUUUAAUCUUUCACCUGCUUGCUGUACAUGUGAAUCACAAACCAUGUUUAAAGGACUAUAUGCUGGAAAUCAGUGGCUUCUUCGGUUCUAAUAAAGAAGUUGACUCAAAGAAUUUAUAUCUGUCUGUUCUACACUGGGCACCUUACUUUCAUCCUUGAAGUUUUCUUCAAUUUCUGGAUUUCAUUGAUUUUUUGAUAAAUUGUUACUCAUGGCAUGACCUUGCCCACUACUGUCUUGUGCAUGUUUGAAUCUAAAAAAGUUGACAAGUAUUUAUGACAAUUGCUAAUAAGCUUCCUGUGAACUCUUGGCAAUAUAUCUGCUGAUCUGGUCCAAACUCGGAGUCAUUUUGUGUCAGAUUGAGACGGUCAGAAUUAACCCACUUUCUCUGAAACAUUUCUAGUAGAAGACAUAUGUGAAUUGAAAAGAAAAUGACGUGUUUACCGUGCCUGAAGUUUUGCCCAGGGUUUUCGUCCCUGAUAGGAUUAGUUCCCAGACCUGCAAGGGAACCUUCUGAAGUCAAAGAGCAUAAUGAAAACAUUGAUGAAGACGAGGGCCACUACUCAGAGCCCAGUGUUGCCCAUAGCGCCAAUGAAUCGGACGUUGUAUCAAUCGCUAAUAGUAAGGUUGAUUUAGAGUCUGCAGUCGGUGAGAAUGCCAAUGAGCUUGUCUCAAAUGAGUCAUUGGUUAGUGAAGUAGGUGUGAGAGCGGAGGAUGCAGAACAAGGUGACAUAUCGAUAGGUCAAGAAGGCCAUGAUGAUCCUGUACAAUCAGAGAUGGUGGAUGAUCUGCCUCUGGUUGGAUCAGAUGACGAUGAUAUAGUUGUAGAGAAUGUCCAGCCAGCUGAUGCGGGUCCCUCCAUUGGUGAACUUGAAAUUGCUUUCCAGUACAACGGUGAAGCAAGGCGUAUGAAUGUCACCAUCAUCAAGUGCCAUAACCUACCAACUAAGGAUGAAGGUGGAGCUUCCAGCUUCAGGCUACGUCUUCUGCUGCUUCCAAGCAAACGCCAAAGGGCUAAGACCCACAUCAGAGAGACUAAGGAGCCUCUCUUUAAAGAGUUGUUCAGGUUCUCUCGGAUCUUCCCUCAUGAGGUUGUGAGUACUGCUCUGAGGUGCAGACUGUAUGGCUGUGAGAGGAUGAGGAAGGAGAAGCUAAUUGGAGAGAGCAUCAUCAAGUUCUCAUCGCUAAACAUUGGUACCAAGCAAAUCAUCAAAGUCAGAAUCGACCCUCGCAGUGAUGUGAGCAAGGAUGGCUCCUCUCCAUACUCCAGUACCUCAGAUCUGUCCGACACCAACAGUUCAUCUUCUCUGCAGUCAAUGAGUCAGGGUAGUGUACCCGAGAUCUUGAUAGGUCUAGCUUACAAUGCCACCACUGGGCGGCUGGAUGUAGAGGUUAUCAAGGGAAGCCACUUCAAGCAGAAAGCUGCUGGUAGAGCACCAGAUUCCUUUGUGAAGGUUGCUCUAAUGUCAUCCAGUGGCUUUGAGAUCUCCAAGAGCAAGACUUCUGUCAGGAGAAGCCAGUCUAGUCCAACAUUUAAGGAGACAUUCUUUUUCCAGGUUGCCCAGUUUCAGCUUCCUGAGAUGACCCUACUCUUCACGGCAUUCAACAAGAAAGGAGUGAAGCGUAAGGAGACCAUUGGUUGGUUCUCAAUGGGUCUCAGUAACAGCAGCGAAGAAGAGAUCGGCCAUUGGAAUGAGAUGAGAGAAUCAAAGGGUCACCAGGUGUGUCGAUGGCAUGCAUUAUUGGAAUCAUAAAGGAUUAAACCAUGGAGUACUUCCUUAGACAAAUACUCUUUAUCUCUCCUUCCGAUCUUGUACCUGAUUAACAUCAGCACAAAGGUUUGCUGAUGAGAUUAUCAAACAUGUACUCCCAUCUACUAUCAAGAUUGUACAGCUGUGCAGAAUCAGUGUCAGUAACAGUGUGUUUCGACAAGGAAGCAAAAUCAAUAUGCUUCCCCAUUACACAAAGCUUUGUGACUGAUCAUAAGAUUGAUUUGAACGAUUGCUUGUAUUAGUCAUUAUAUGAUAUCAAUCAUACAUAUCGAUGGUAUGAUCAAUUGACAAGCUUUGUGUCAAAGGGCUCAGGAGUAAAAAACACCCUUGAGAAAUGCAAAUCUAGUUAAUAGUGCAGGGGAGCACUGUUUCUGCUCAUACUAGUACCAGGCAUGGUUGGUCCAUCUAUCCUUUGAACAAUAUUUGUGGAUUUUGUAGGUAUAUCUUCAAGUAUUACAUCAUUUUGAUAUAUUGUAUGGAAAUGAAAAGGAUGCAACUUUGCUUUGAACGAUUAAACUGCAUUUCAAAAUGUCAAUUGUGCCCCUACAAAAGAUGAGCAUGAAUGAUUGAAUGAAACCUUAAAAGGUGUGACUAGUGCCUACAAGUAUCAUAUCUAGAUUAUUUUGUAUUAUUGGAAUGACCACAUGAUACUGGGUUUAUUAAGUUUAUUUAAUGUUAUCAUUUGUUUAUUGAUAGAGCAUUGAUACUCACAUAUGAGAUUGUUGUCUUUGUAUAACCUGUUGGACGACAAAUAGGCCAGUGGUUUUAAAUGAUUUUUUACCUCCGUGAACGUGUAAUGUUCAAUUAAUGUCGCUGUUCAGAUUGUGAAUCAAGUGCUCUCAAAUUCUAUUAGAUAAUUUAAUGUUUCUUAAUCAUGAAAAAUAACACGAUUUCACAUAUUUUUUUAAAAUUUAAUAAUGGUAUACUAACCAUUAAAAAAUCUGUAGAGCUAAAAGGAACUUAGCAUAUUUUGCAAUAUUUAUGUUUGCUUAAUUUUUGACUGUUUAAAAGGGUAUUUUUGCAAUACAUUUACAGAAAUAUGGUAUGUAAGACAUGGUGUAAGGUAUCGGUACAUCUAAAAAGUAAGCAUGGCUUGGGAUCUUUAUUUUGAACAUGCACAAAGACACACGCAUGACCCACACAUAUUGGCAAGGUAGUUUCAACAACCUUUACUUAGAAACUGUCAGUGUUAUGACCAUCCUCAUGUAUGAUAUGUUAUUAUGUAAUACUCGUAUAUAAUAAUAGAAAAUGGAUCUACACAAUGUAGUGCUGGUAUGAUAACGUAACAAUUUUCUUUAUUGAGGUCUGUCGCACAAGCAAUCUGAGAAACCAUUAGAUUAUUAUUGCCUGAUGAAAAAGGUUGAGAGAACAAGUUAUGUGUAUAUUGUGUGUGCCAAGAUGGAUUUGUUAUUUGAUUUUUAGGUUUCCUCAACAGGUUUGCAAGUAUUGUUAGUGUGUUUUUAUGUUAUGGUCAUGUCGGAAACUAUAAUAACCAGGAUUUUAGUUUGUUUGAUAUUUCUUCUUUUUUUAUUGAGCAUCUGCUGUAUAAAUAACAAAUGAAUUUGUUUAUAUUUAACUAGUAUGUUUCUUUUGAAUUUCUGACAUUUAGUUUUUUUUCCUGAUAAUAACAAGGACAACAUCUUUAUUUUAUUGGAAUGAGAUGUGUAUUAUUUAACCAGGGAGGGAUGGGAGGUACAUGUACAUGUAGAUAAGGCAAGGGGGUUGUUGGCAGGGAUUUGAAAAAAGUUCUAUGGACUUUAUUUGCACAGGAAUAUCACAAUUGCAUAUGAAUGAGAAAAAUGAACAUUGAGGAUUUAGUGAGGAUGUUGUAUGAUUUAGAUAUAUCUGUUUGUGUUCCCUAUGGGCAAAGAUGUCCUUAGGGUGGGGUCAAAUACUGUAAUUUUUGUUUAUUCAAUGACUGGAUGUCUUCAUGUAUUCAGGCAUAGUUCAGUGAUGCCAUUACCUUGAUUGUAAUCUGGUUCCUGUCUUACAAAGAGUUACGAUCGAGCCAAUCAAUCGUAACCGUGGAAGCGCCGUGGUGUAGCGGUUCUGACUCUCGCCUUGUAAUCAGAGGGUCGUGUGUUCGAAUCCCGCCAUGGCCUAGCGUCCUUUGGCAAGGCGUCAAUCCACAAUUUGCCACUCUCCACCCAGGUGUUAAAUGGGUACCCAGUAGGAUGCGAAAGCCUAUGUAGUAUGCCUAGCAAUUGAGUCUUGGAACUCUUGUUGGUAUGCUCCCCAGGGAGUGGAGAAGGUGCAUACAUUGUAUGCGGGCAUGCAAGGAUCCGAUGACCGGGGUAAUAAUAUAUCUGUAAAGCGUUUAGAGAUGUCGUUUCGAUGUGUUAAGCGCUAUAUAAAUGCGGAAUAUUAUUAUUAUUAACUCUAUGGAAAUCCAUCAGUGUCAUAAUUUCUUCUACAGCAGGAAAUUUGUAAAAUGUCCUUUGGAAACAAAGGAGAACACACCAAAUUGUCAAAUCAAUGAAUUUAUGGAUAUACAUUCAUAUCUAGAAAUUUGUUUGAACAAACAAGCAUUUUAUAUGUUGACGUUGCUGGCUGUCCAUAGUUGCGAUUGAUCAGGUCAAUUGCAACUCUUUGUAAGACGGGGCCUUGUACUAGACUUUUGGUAACAGUGAUUGCUAGACCAAAGGCUGAACUUUAAUAGGCCUCCAUGCUUGUGCAAGAGUAUUUAUAUAAUAUUAGAUUAUGCCAUUGUAGUAGGCUGACAUAUUUAUCUACAAAUAAGUUGUUUGUACCGGAUAGUUUGUAUGAAAAAACUGACAUUUUCAUGUGUAUUUAACAGUAUUUCAGUGUUUUUUAUGCAAACACCACUUGUAGGGUUUAGCCUUAUAUAGUGUCUCAAUAUUCAUUACAUUUAAUUUUUUGGUAUGAAUUACACAAAUGAAUUGACAUGAAAAGAAAAUUAAUGUGCUAGUUUGAUGAUUUAUAUCCAGACAGGCAACAGGUAGGAAUUAUUAUUCAUUUCAUCAUGACCUUCUGGUAAUUAAUUAUCUGUAUUAAAAGUUGUCUUGGGGAAAAACAGUUGUAUUUAGACUUUCCAAAUAUGUCAUGACCAAAAGGAGCUUCCAAAUCUUACAAAGUUGAAAAUUAUAUAUCUUCCACAAAAUGUCUUCCAGUAACUGAGAUUUCACAUAUCUAAUAACACUAAUAGCUUUUUAAUUAUGAUUAUCAUAUCCUUUUUAUUGAAAUGGUUUGGGUUUUAUAUGAUGUACUCAUUUCAGUGCAUGCAUUUAUACAGUGUACCUGAAUAUUAUAUCAAUGUGAUUCCUUGUAAAAUAAUCUUGCUUUUGUCGUAUUGUACUUACUAGGGAAAACAUGUGCAUACUAAGUCAUCUAAAUAAUGAUAAUUAUACUUGCUUAUAUAUUGUAUAACACUUUAUCUGAAAAUUUUAAUUAGAUUAAUCUUUUCUUGGUUUUUAAGUUUGUCGUCAUUACUUUUCUUCUGCAAAUGGAUUAUCCUCAGAAAUGGAAAUGUUCUCAGAAAUUUCAUUUUGUUGUGAAAUGUAUGACUCCUUUAAAACACAAGUUAACAAAAAACAUCUGUGAAUUUAUGAUGAGUAUAUGGGGGUUUGUGAAGAAGUUCAGAACCUUGAUUCAUAAAAGGGCCGUCUGCACCAUCCCGAGUUUUCAAAUUAGCGCGCUAUUUUUGAUUCGACAAAUUAUCCUGAUCUGAACUCAAGAUUAUUUGCAAUGGAGACGCAAUUAUCGCGCUAGUUCGUAGGAUUAAUCUCGAGGUUGCAAUCCCAAGUCAACUUGGGAUUAUUUGCAAAAUAGCGCGCUAUUUUACGAAUUAUCGCGCCAAUUCGUAUUUAUUCACGGCGUCGGACCAUAAUGCCUCGUUCGAGCAUGAAUUGCUCCUCUUGCGAUGGUGGAGACGGGGUUUCUUGAAUCUCGAGAUUAUAAUCGCGAAGAGGGCCGAUCGGGCUAAAAUCUCGAGAUUGAGCAAACUCGGGAUGGUGCAGCACCAGCAAAAUUUCACAAAUUUUGUUACUGACAAAUACUCCUACAAAUACUCACAAAAUACUCAUAUUUGCAUUCCUCUAAUAUGGAUGUUAUUGCAUCAUAUUACUAUUAAUGAAUUGUUAUUUCAUGUGUUUUUAUGUAAAAAAAAAAAAGAUCAACUUUGAUUACUUUAUUUUAUAUAUAUCACAUUCAAAGCUUAAAAAAAAAUAUGCAUAAAACAAAUUUGGAAGUAUUUCCUACUCAAAUAGAUGAAACCUAUAGCUAAAAAGGUAAUUGUUUCCAAUGAUUGAUUUGCUGCCUAUUUUGCGCUGCUUUCACCCAUGUAUUGUCUGACAUAUCAGCUAUUGUAGUUAAUAGGCAUAUAUAUGACUCAAAGCUGUAGGUUUCUGUCAAUAAUACACUAAUAUUCUCAAUGAAAUUUUUCUAUGCAAAUAGAGUAAAACUUCAAAUUUGUAAACAAGAAAAUAAUAGAAUAAUUCUCUAUACAAAUGCAUGUAAUCAUGACUGAGUUGACAUUUUGAUUACAUCAUGAAAGUCCAGCCAGUGAAUAGUACAAUAAAUAUCAAUUUCCAAGGCUUGCAGAUUUGAGCGUUUCUAAAAGGAAAUACUCAUCUAUGUGAAUACAUAGAAUUUGCAUCUUUGUACUUUGUAGCUUAUUCAUUGCUGUAUAAAUUGAUGUGUCUUAUUAACAAAGUUAAUUGUACAUCAUUAGUUCAUUAUUUUGAAUAUUCAUAUGAUAAGUAUUUGAACAGCAAGUAAGAACUUGUAUUGCUAUUCUUAUAGUUGCACAUGAAUGCAUUAAGAAGAAGCAAAGCUUCAGAAGUUCUCUGAGAAUUAUGUAGUGAUACAGAUAUUUUGCUCAAAAAGUUCUUGAGAUAGAUUUCAUCUUAUUUUAAAGGGUAGUAUGCUGAAGACUGAUUUUCAGUGGACCAAAAAAUGGGUAAUGCUUGCAUCAUGUUAGUUUAUUACUGUUAGUUUAUUAUAUAUCACAGUACUUGUCAUGUAAAUAUCACAUUUAUUAUUUGUAGCUAUUGAUGGGGUAUGAUAAUGGAAUAUAUGGUAUGAAAAGAUAUCUUGUUCAAAUAUUUAUGGAAAAAGCAAUAAAAAUUUGAUUGUUACCAAUUA